AUGAUCAACAAAUUUUUAUUUAUAUCAUUUUUAUUUAUAUUAUAUACAAAAGCAUUGGAUAAUGGUCUUGCAAGAACACCACCUAUGGGAUGGAUGUCGUGGACAAAAUUUAUGUGUCAAACUGAUUGCGAAACACAUCCAUAUACUUGCAUCAGUGAAAAACUAUAUAUGCAAAUGGCUGAUAUUUUAGUGCAAGAAGGAUAUGUUAAAUCUGGUUAUAAUACAGUUCACAUUGAUGAUUGUUGGAUGGAAUCGCAAAGGGAUUUGAAUGGUCGAUUAGUUGCAGAUAGAAAGCGUUUUCCUAGUGGAAUCGCUGCACUUGCAAAUUUUAUGCACAGUAGAGGUUUGAAAUUGGGAAUAUAUGAAGACUAUGGGACGAGGACGUGUGCAGGAUUUCCCGGAAGUUAUUUGCAUGAAAAAGUUGACGCUGAGACUUUCGCUGAUUGGAAGGUAGAUUAUCUCAAGCUGGAUGGUUGUUAUAUUGAUACAUUUCUUAUGCCCGAAGGGUAUGCCAGGAUGGGUAUGUUUCUGAAUUCAACUGGACGACCGAUCGUUUAUUCGUGCAGCUGGCCCGCUUAUCUAAUCAAUCAUCCAGAAAAAAUUGACUAUAAUUUGGUCGGUCGUACUUGCAAUCUUUGGAGAAAUUUUGAUGAUAUUAGCUUGUCAUGGAAUUCAAUCAAGAGUAUAAUCGAUUAUUAUGAUCACAACCAAGAUAAAUUUAUCCCCGCUCAAAAGCCUGGCCAGUGGCAUGAUCCGGACAUGAUAAUUGUUGGCAAUAGGGAAAUCACACCUGAUCAAGCAAAAGUGCAAAUGUCGAUAUGGUCGAUUUGGUCCGCACCAUUGAUAAUGUCUAAUGAUCUUCGAACAAUUGCACCUGUUUUCAAAAGAAUCCUCUUAAAUCCAGCUGUAAUAGCGAUUGACCAAGAUCCUCUUGGUAUUAUGGGACGACUUGUUGCUAACACAACUAAUAUUGGUGUAUAUGUUAAGCCAGUAACGCCAUGUAAAGGAAACCACUGCUCGUAUGCAGUCGCAGACGUUAAAGUGAUGUUAUUAAAACUUGGUUUGACCAAUCCUAAUGGAUACUCUGUUGAGGACCUGUGGUCAGGUCAGUACAAGGGUAUUAUUUACCCGAAUAACACAUAUCAUGUGGUGGUUAACCCAACUGGUGUCGAUUUUUGGAAAGCUACAGUCAUCUGA